AUGCCUGGUGGCGCGGGCGGAGGCGGAGGCGGAGGCGGAGGCGGAGGUCGGGGAUCCGAGAGGCGGCGGCUUGUGAGCGACCGUUUGAAGAAGCACCAGAACCAGGCCCUGAGCAGCCACAUGUAUCUGCUGCGAGAGACUGGACCCACAGGCUUCCUGAUAAAAGAAGACGAGCCAGAUGACUGCAACUAUAGAGUUUUUCUUGGAGAUCCUCACACAUGUAGCUGUUCCACAUUUAUGAAAGGAAAUGAUCUCUGUAGACAUAUCUGUUGGGUUUUAUUGAAAAAAUUCAAGCUUCCAAGAAAUCAUGAAUAUGCUUUUCAAUUAGGUCUUGUGGAACGAGAAAUCAAUGAAUUGCUAGGGGGAUUACAUCAUGUCCAGACUCCUAAGCCACCUGAAAGAACACAUGUUGAAAGUGAUGGAUAUAUUAAACAGAAAGAAAUUUGUGCAGAUGAUGUCUGCUCCAUAUGUCAAGAAGAGCUCCUAGAAAAAAAGCUACCAGUCACCUAUUGCAGGUAUGGUUGCGGUAAUAGUGUUCAUAUAAAAUGUAUGAAAAUAUGGGCUGAUCAUCAGGAUAAGUCAUCAGAAAACUCUGUGGUCAAGUGCCCUUUGUGCAGGGAAGAGUUUGCACCAUUAAAACUUAUUUUAGAUGAAUUCAGAAACUCCAACGCACUCGUGACAGCAGCAGAGAAAGAAAAACUUCACAAACACCUUGGAAUUCCAUGUAACAAUUGCAAGCAGUUUCCAAUUGAGGGAACAUGUUAUAAGUGCACUGAAUGUACUGAAUAUCACCUAUGCCACGAAUGUUUUAUUAGUUGUUACCAUCCUGCACAUAUUUUUAUCUUUCGACAGAAGAGAAAUCAAAGGUGGAAAUCACUGGAAAAAAUUUCAGGAUUAUGUGAUUUACAGAGAUCCAUAAAAAAUAUAGAACUGAAAAAUCAGACUGAAAAAGAGAUGACAAACUUUGAAAAAAGUGCCGUUUGCACACCAAAGCAUAUAGUAAAAUCACUACCACUCAUAUUAAUUACAAAGCACAGUAAGCUGCUUGCUCCAGGUCACCAGUGUCGACUUUGUUUGAAGGCAUUUUAUCUUGGUCAACAUACAAGAGUAUUAUCAUGUAAUCACAAGUUUCAUAGGAAAUGCAUUGAUGAUUGGUUACUAAACAUAUGUAAUUCGUGCCCUAUUGAUGGUCAAACUGUCUAUAACCCCUUAGUCUGGAAAAAUUCACUGAUUAAUGAGCCUGGACGGAAGCCGGUACCUCAGACAGCUAUCACUCAUCAGUCAAAGCAGGUGUAUCCAGAACUUUUUAUACCUGGCACUGGAUUGCUCUUUAAAGAAGGCAAAUUUGGCCAUUUACCUGACAAAUCUAAAGAUAAUUUUGAAAAACUCAUUAAUCAAGAUUCAACAGAUGUGAAUGAGAAUUUAACAGUAGAUAAUCUAUGUCCUUUGCAAUCAAGUGAUUCAAAUUCAAGUAAAUUAGUCUUUGAUUAUAAAAUUAAUCACCAUUUCCCUAGCCUUCUUCAUGAUUUAUCCCUUAGUGCCACUGGAAAAAAGUCAUCUCAAUCUUUUCUUCCAUCUAUUACCAAGACUGGAAUGUAUAGCAAACCUGGAAGCCCAUUUGUCAAUAGAAAGUUAUAUCACCCUGAACAAAAGUCAAAGAAAAACAGAGAGCCUCAGCAUGUGGACCAUACUGCACUGAAGAAAAUUCUUGCCAGUAAAAUAAGAAUUGACAAUGAAAAUUCAGAUGCUACAUUUCCAGAGAAUUUAAAUAAUGUAGCGAACUGGGGUACAACGAACCCUAGCUCAUCCAAAAAGGAGAAUAAUAUUGGAAAAAUCAGACGAAACCAUGGCCUCUUAUCAAGAAGGCCUAUGUCAAGUACUUUAAAUACUAAUGCUCAAGAAUUGUCUUUAAUAAUGAAAGGAGUUCCUUUUUGCAGAAGUUAA